UCAGGUAAAAAGUGUUUAUAUACUCACUCCCAUGUUCUCUCCAAUCUCAAACCUAGUUUGCACUUGCACUAUUUUGCUUUGUUGUGUUUCAUUAGGACGAUGCAUAUCUGAGGAAAGAUUCGAGCUGGGAAUCAAGCAGCAAAAACGGUCCCCAAUUCGGAUAACAACCACCACCCUCCAAAUUAAACAAAAUUUCACCAUUUCAUUUUCCUUAUCCCAUCCCCUUCAAAAGAAAAAGCUAGCUAUUCUCCAAUUCUCCUCUUGUUCCGUGUCCUUUACUACUCCGAAUCCUCACAACACUCCAGAGUAUACACACAACUAACCCAUAAGAAAAAAACAAAAACUUCAACCCCAUCAAGAUUUUAGCACAAAGCCUGAAACUUUCCACAAAAUUAAAGAGACCCAGUUGUUACUUUUGUUCAUAUAGCCACAAAGUCACAGGUUACUUAGGAAUCGAGGUCUUGAAGUCCAAACAGUUUUCUUUGUAAAUUGAAAUAUUUUGAAGCAUUGAACAUGCAGCGGCGGUUUCUGGAGACGGAACUGAGCAUGCCACCCUCGUACGGCGGCGGCAACACUAGCGACACGUUCAUCAGCGACGCGAACUUUGACACCAACAUGGUGAUCAUUCUGGCGGCGCUGCUGUGCGCUUUGAUAUGCGCGCUGGGCCUGAACUCCAUCGCGCGGUGCGCGCUGCGGUGCGGGCGGCCCUUCGGCAACGAGACGGCGGAGCAGGCGGCAGCGCGGCUGGCGGGGACGGGGCUAAAGCGCCGCGAGCUCAGCCGCAUCCCAGUCGCGGUGUACGGCGCCGCCGGCGAAAACACGAUUCCGGCGACGGAGUGCCCCAUAUGCCUCGGCGAGUUCGAGAAAGGUGACAGGGUUCGAAUGUUGCCCAAGUGCAACCACGGGUUCCACGUGAGGUGCAUUGACACGUGGCUUCUGUCGCAUUCCUCGUGCCCCAAUUGCCGCCACUCGCUCCUCGAGAAGCCCGCGGCCGCGCCGGAAAGUGGGUCGGGGCGGCGUAGCGAGGUGGUGGUGGUGGUGGAGCAGGCGAGUUGAAGGGCAUUAACAGUGAAAGGUGGAAGGACAAGUUUUGGUGAAUGGAGGUUGAGAAAUUUAAUGUUAGUGGUUAGAGUAGUUAUUAGUUGGUUAUUAAUAAAUUCGAAGUGGCCAAUCCAUAUACACGUUUAUUUUUUAAGAAAUUAAAACAUAUGUUUGUGUAUGUUAAUUUACAGUUUGUAUAUAAGUUGGAUAUUGGAUAUAAGGGUGCUUAAAAAUGUACAGUACAUAA